AUGGCUGACCUUCUCACCAAACAGUCCGUCCUGCAGCGCCAGAUUGAGCGCGCAUUGGACAACUUCAAGAAGGUGGGGAAGGCGAACCUCACGCCCGCGAAGAUCCGUACAAGGAUCGCCUCGCUCAAGUCCACCUGGGGUCAGUUUCAAGAAGGGCAUGUUUCUCUUCUGCGGGCCGUGCCCGAAGCUUCGAGAACUGAGAUGGCCUAUUUCAACGAGGAUCGUUUCGAGGUCAUCGAUGACGUCUAUCAAUCCGCCUGGGAGUACAUGUCCGAGUGCCUCGAGGAGCUGGAACCGGUCGUGAGCCCUAACCAAUCCUUUAAUUCCAGUCACGCGGUUUCAGACGCGUCCGCUCUCGCGCUUACUAACAUGCCGCCGAUCCGUUUGCCGCCGUUCGACGGAGAUUAUUCUCAAUGGGAGACUUUUCGCGAUAGAUUCACCGCUCUAGUCAUUAGCAAUAACGCGCUAAGCGAAUUCGCGCGUAUGCACUAUCUGGCGUCAUCUUUAAAGGGUCGAGCCCUCGAUUGCUUAGGGAGUAUCGCGAUCACCGCUGAUAAUUUCUCUGUUGCAUGGGGUGCGUUGAAGUCGCGAUUCGAGAAUAAGCGCCGCCUUCUAUCUUCGCACUUCUCCUCGUUGUUCGGAUUGUCGGCCCUCACGAAAGAGUCCGCCUCAGAGUUGCAAACCCUAUGCGAUAAAAUUAAUAUCGCUGUGGCAUCGUUGACAAACUUGAAACGUUCCCCGAGUGACUUGUGGAACGAUUUCCUGGUCCAUUUAUUAACGCUGAAGUUGGAUCCCGCCUCGCGGAAGGCGUGGAACCUCAAGACAAGUGACGCCGACAUUCCGCCGACCUUUGAGGAGCUAAAUAAAUUUAUUUCAAAUCGCAUUCGCGCGCUGGAAGAGUGCACGCCUAACCCACCGUCAAAGAAUCCGAAGUCGCCCGGAUCAUCUCGCGUUACCGUCGCGACCGCGUCCGCGAAUGCGCUGUCUGCUUGCCCGUUGUGCAAGGCCCGACACUAUUUGAGUGCAUGCGCUAAAUUUGUGUCUCAGACUCCGAAUCGGCGACGCGAAACGGUGAAGAAGCUGAAGCGCUGUUUCAAUUGUCUAAGCGCUUCACAUCCCAUUUCGGAAUGCAAGAGCAAAUUCUCCUGUCGCGCUUGCAGUAAGCGACAUCACUCGAUGCUGCACGCCGAUUCGGAUUCUGAGACCAAUGCUUCGGUGUCGUCAGUCGCCGAGACGUCGAUCCCGGCGUCUUCAACUACCGUUGAAGUUAAUUCGUUGCUAGCUUCUGCGAUUACGCGUCCGCGCACACAGGUCCUCCUCGCCACCGCGCGUAUAAAGGUGGAAGUAGACUCGGGUCGUAGCGUUGUCGCGCGUGCUCUGAUAGAUCAGGGCUCAGAAGCUACUUUCAUAUCGGAAAGUCUGGCUCAAACCUUGCGAACUCGUCGAAUUCGAAUGCCUGUCUCGAUUUCAGCUGUUGGGGGUACCCAAGUGAGCACGGUGCGACAUGCUGCCCUCGUGAAGAUCCGUCCCGUCGCUACCGCGACACCGUCGUUCUCGACGACGGCUCUGAUCCUUCCGUCGUUAACUUCCUACGCUCCCCGUCAAGCGUCGGAUAGCUCAGCUCUCUCUCACCUCUCUGAUUUGGCAUGGGCGGAUCCGCAUCCGACCAAUUCCGAUCCUAUACAGGUUCUCAUUGGCGCCGAUCUCUACAGCGAUCUUAUUUUGGAUGGUGUUCGGAAGGGGAAAUCCGGCCAUCCCAUAGCGCAAAAUUCAAUAUUCGGGUGGAUAAUCUCCGGCCCUCUUCCCGCGGAGGAGGACCGAGUAACUCCUCACAUUUCGGUGCAACAUUGCACCUCCGAUGUCCCUCUUUCAGAGGACCUUCGGAAAUUCUGGGAGAUCGAGGAGCUUCCUCCUUCUCCAGUCCUCUCGCCCCAAGAAGAGCAGUGCGAGAAACAUUUCUGCGAGACACAUUCGCGCGAUGACAGCGGACGAUACAUCGUUCGCUUGCCAUUCAAGACGCCCUCGCCUAUCGACAUAGGGCGUUCCCAACAAUCCGCCGAUCGACUGUUGCAAUCGUUACUGCAGCGUUUCAAAUCUCAGCCGGAGUUGGAAAGCGAAUAUCGAGAUUUCAUGCGCGAAUAUGAGAGUCUCGGGCAUAUGCGUCCGAUUCCGGAACCGCAAAACACCCGAAGUCAACGGGUGUAUAUCCCGCAUCAUCCGGUUUUUCGAGCCGAAAGCGCCACAACUCGAUUACGCGUCGUUUUUAAUGCCUCAUGUAGAACCUCCAACGGCUCUACGCUCAACGAUCAUUUACUUUCCGGUCCCAAGCUCCAAACCGAAUUGCCAUCAAUCGUUAUGCAGUGGCGUCAAUUUCGGUAUGUCUACACAGCCGACGUCGCUAAGAUGUUCCGGCAAAUUUUGGUCGAUCCGCGAGAUCUUGACUAUCAGAGGAUACGGUGGCAGCCGGAGACCGGCGACGAGCCUCGGGAUUAUCACCUAUUGACCGUCACAUACGGCAUGACUUGCGCCCCGUACCUAGCGUUGCGCGUCUUGAAGUGCUUGGCCGAUGAAGAGGGCGAUCAGUUUCCUCUUGCAGCCUCCAUAGUACGUAAGCAAAUCUACGUCGAUGACGUUCUUUUCGGAGCCAAUGACAUCGACUCAUUGCGUUCCCGCCGGGACCAGCUUGUUAAUUUGCUCCGUCGCGGCAAAUUCGAAUUACGCAAGUGGGCGAGCAACUCCCCUGCCUUGCUCGAGGACAUUGAUCCCUCGAACCACGGUUUGGCAUGCAGCAAGUCAAUCGCGAUCGAUGAGAGAGUUAAGGUGCUCGGGAUAGUUUGGAAUCCUGCGCGCGACGUCUUUCAAUUUAAGGUGACACUCGAAGCUGAUCCCCCUCGAAGCAAACGCGCCAUUCUUUCUGUCAUCGCCCGACUGUACGACCCCCUUGGUUGGGUCACGCCGGUCACCGUCUCCGCGAAAAUCAUGAUGCAACAGUUGUGGCGCUUUCGGCUGGGCUGGGACGAUCCAGUUCCGGCUUCAGUUUUUACGCGAUGGCAACUCUUCUACUCCAAGUUGCCACAUCUCAACCACCUCUCGCUCAGUCGGUGGACGGGAGCUCAAUCGGAGUCCCGUCUCGAACUCCAUGGUUUCGCCGACGCGUCUACUCACGCCUACGCCGCUGUAGUCUACUUGAAGACGAUCACUACCGCCGGCGACGUUCGGAUCUUCCUCCUCGCAG